CUUUUGAUAGUCCAGUUUUUUUUUAUUGAAUUUUGUUUUAGGUGGUGGCCGUUAUAUUGAUUUUGUUAUUUAUUAUUAUUUUAUUUUUCUCCUCAUUAUUAUCAUGGAUUUCGCUAAUACUAGUGGAAUCCGAAGUCCCUUUUCUCCUCGAGUCAGGCAAGCCAUAACAGGCAGACGGCCUAUAGGUUCUACAAAAAAGAACCAAAGCAAAUAUAUACCAUCUCAAGAUACUCCCAAUGGAGACAUUAUCUACAAGACGCCGCUGUGUUCAGUGGAGACUUAUGGAAUGCCCCUUCCUGUUAUGGUUACUGAAACCCUUACAUUUGCAAGUGGAGACGUGAGUGUGCGUUUAUCUGCAUGUGGGUGGUGCUGGUUGGUGGCCGGGCGGCGGAUCCUGGCCUGGCCUCGGGAACCUAUGGCCCCAUCUGGAGUGUCAUCACCAUCAGUGUCUGCGCCAGUUGCCGCCAGAGAACUGACUCUGCCACAGACGGAUCUGGCACAUAAAGCUGAUUUGGUGAUGAUCUUUUAUGAGGAUGGAGCUCAGAUGCCGUCAUGUAUCGGUGUAUCACCAGAAGGCAUAGUCCGCUACUGGCCAUCAGUAGGCCAGGAGGGAGUAUACACAGACGUGUCAGCAGAAUUAGCUGGUCAGGAGUGUGAGCGACUCGGGGAGUACUCGCGAGUUGGUCUCGUGUUGGCAACAACCACUUGUACUGUGGUGCUGCUGACAACUGCUGUUGUAGAGGGUCGAGCAGUAGUCCGCCCGCGCACGCUGCGCCCGCCGCACGGCUGGCUGGGCGGCAUCGGACGUCGUGUCUCGCUGCUGUUCUUUGGCUCUAUGCCGGCACAUGCUGACACUAAGCUGGUGGGCGUGGUGGUCCUGGACGAGGACGAGGCGGAGGGCGAGGAGCCGUGCGUGGCGCUGGUGGCGGGCGGCGGCGGCGGGCCGCUGCUGCAGCUGUGGCGCGGCGCCGCGCUGCACGGCCACAGCCUGCGCCGCCCGCUGCAGGCUCUGUGCGCGCCGCAAGGCGAGCAGAACAGCGUGGACAUAGUGCCGCUAGACGUGCGCGCGUCGGGCGACACGCUGCUGCUGCUGGUGGCCGCCGUCAACGUGGCGCGCGCGCCGGACGUCAGGUACGCUAUUGCCCACGUGUGCGUGGCGGACCCCGGCAGCCCCCGCGUGUCGUCGCUGCUGCCGCUGCGCGCGGGCCCCGGAGCCCCGGGCGCGGACCCCGAGCUGCUGCCCCGCUUCCUGCCGCUGCCCGGCCGCGUGCUGCUCUAUGCUUCCAACUACAUCGCCAUCGUGUCCACGUCAGGCGCGAACGACAAGCCGGAGUACAUCGACGUGAGCUCGGAGAACGACCGCAUCCUGACGGCGGAGCUGUGCGGGCGCGUGCCGCUGCUGUUCAGCCGGCAGCACGGCGUGCUGGCGCUCGUGCUGGACGACGUCAGGGCCGCGGCGGCCGGCGCGCCCCUCGCCGACGUGUACGACGACAGCCUGUGCCUCUACGACAUCGAUCCCCACGAGGUCAGCGCAGUAACAACAGACGUUUGCGGCAAGUUAAAAACUGCCUUCCUGUUCUACGUGCGGCGCGACACAGCCGCCUGCCGCCGCCUGCUGGACGAGCUGUUCCCCCCCGCCGCCGGCGACGAGAAGGAGCUGGACUCCGUGCUGGACCGCACGGUCAUCAGGAUCGCCAGGGAGAUAUUGGAUGAUAUACCAGCGGGGGAUCCCAGAUGGAAACAACGCGUGACCGGCCAAUCGGCGAACAUAGCCCUCGGAAGUUCCGCCGCUUUAGACAUCGCGGCGCAAUUGCGAGACAAACAGAGGGCGUUCUCGUUGUUCGUGGAGAUGCUCACCAACACCGGCCUCGGCGGCAGGCUGUACCGCGUCACUGACGAAACGGACGGGUCAGUGAUUAGCACGGAAUGCGCCCUGUGCCGGCUGUCGGAACAACUGGCUGCCGCCAUCGCUCUGCGGAGGCUGCAACGCGGGCCAGCGCAGCAGCUCAUCGACGCUGCUAUCUACCAGGUUGUGUGCGGCGGCGACGACGGCGAGGAGGAGGCGGAGACGCGCGCGGCGCUGGCGGCGGGCGCGCUGUCGGCGGCGGACGCGUGCUUCCGGCGCGCGUCGCGCGUGUCGCGCGUGCUGCGCGCGCUGGCCGCCGGCGACGCCGCACACGUCGUGGUGACGGUGCUGUCAGAGAUGCAGACGUGCCGCCUGCAGUGGCAGCAGCCGAACUGUCCUCCUCCCACGGACCUGCUGCCUGCGCUUCUGGACCUGCACAAACGGACAUUCACGCAAUAUCUCCCGGCAUGCGCGGACGCGGCCGCGCGCGGCGCGCUGCUGGAGACGGCGCUGCAGCUGAGCGAGCUGCUGCUGGCGGCGGGCGGCGCGCUGCCCGCCGCCCGCCGCCGCUCCGUGCGCACGCAGCUCAUACAGCCGUUCGUGGAGGAAGGUCAAGUGGAGCGCGCUGCUGUGUUGGCCGAGAAGUUCAAGGACUUCCCCCUUCUCAUUCAGAUGUGCGUCUCCAGCGGCGACGUGGACAGACUGUACGGGUACUUGGACAAGUAUAGUAACGAGGGUAUAUGCGAGACUGCGUUCGCGUGGUUGUGCUCGCAUUCUGGGAAGCAUCGCGCGUUGCUGCUGCGCUGUCUCGGCCGGCGGUACCCUGAUAGAUUGGUAGCGUGGCUGUCGUCAGUGCCGCAACCACCGCGGCCCGCUCUUCUAGCGUUGCAACAGCUAUCUUCCGGUAGACACCGACUAGCGGCCGUGGCUUACACUGCCCUGGCCGAACAGGAGACGGACUCUGUCAACAGGAUGACGACAAUGGCAUCCCUAGGUAAACUCUGCCUGAUCGCGUCAGACGACGACGAACCUACUGACCUUUGGAAUAAGAUAGAGAACCGUCUGGCGCUGAGCGAGCAGCACGCGGCCUUGCCCCGAGACAUCAGGGUUCACAACGGACUGGACGCCGAAGACACCAGGGUGUUACCGCCCGAGGAUCUAGUGCAGAUGUACAUAGAAAGUGACAGUCGACUGCUAUCGGAGUAUGACUACAAGAAGGCGCUGGACCUCACGGACUACAUCAGCGAUAUGGAGCGCCGAGACGAACUUAGGCUGAGGGUGUGGUGCGCGUGCAUCAAACGCGACGACUGGUCCGCGUGCCGCGUGGAGGCGCCGGCCGAGGAGCUGCAGGACAAGACGUUCUUCCGCCUCAUCGAGUUGGCGCACGUCAUGGGCGGCGACCUGGAGCUUCUCCUCCCCCCGGUGGAGGACAUCCUGACGGCGCCCGAGCUGGCCGAGCUGGUCUCCGACUCCAGGGUCCACUUCAUCCUCAAGUACGGAUACGAGUGCCUCCACAACAUGCAUACGGACUAACGCACCAAUAAAACAAAGAGAGUUAGAGACACACAUUUUUGACUAUUCCUCAAAAACAAUACACAUAUAAAUCACAUCUUUAUCCCUAACGGGGUAGACAGAGCCGACAGUCUCGCAAUGACUGAAAGGCCAUAUUCAACUGGAAAUUAUUACACACAGUCGCUGUGUUACACACACAUGUAUUUGAUAAAAGUACGCGGGAAACUCGGAAUGUUUUGCGAAACAAAAAAGGAAUGAUCUUUGGACAACGUUUCAUUUUUAAAUUAAUAUUUACUAACAUUAACCUUUUUCUUAGCGAAACUUUCUGAGUGGCCAAGCUAUAAUAUCGAAGCUUAUAAGUUGAUUUUAGUUAUUCGAAUAUUGAAUAUUAUAUAGAUUGUUUUCUGCUAGUAUAAUUUGUGGCUACCUUAUUUAUAUAUUUUUUUAUAUUUAACUUUGUUCAGUAUUUUUUUAUUGUAUUCCACUAAAAAGACUUCAAUUUCAAUGUAAUCUAAACCUUCUCCUUAUAAGUACUUAAAAUAAUUGGAUUAAUGUUAAGAGUGUUACCACACCAACCGAUCGAUUAAUCGAUCAAGUCGCAAGAUUAUCGAUUCUGCAACAUUCUUAACUAGUUUUUGUAAAAAAAAAAUAUAAAUGUCGAAAAAAAAAUUAGAUGUAAGAAUAAGUGAAUUAUUUUUGCCCGUUACGAUGAUACGGGACAAAUUAUCGUAAAUAAUGUGUCAUUUUCUUAAAUUCUUACUCACUUAAAAGGUCUGUCUCCUGUCCGAUGAAUCACUUAGGAACAAAUUAAUUGUUUAAUUUUUAUUUAUAAUUUAUUGACUGAUGGUAAUGUGUUAAUCUGGUCACAAAUGUUGGUCAUAUAGCUAUCCAACAUUUAUCUUCAAAAAAUUUGGUUUAAUAUGUUUUUUUUUGGGAUACCGACAUAAAAUUUGGCAAAUAUAUUUAUAAAGAGAAUAAAUAAUAGUUUAAAAAAAAAACUAAAAAACUACGCUUUUAUUGCAUAUCAAACUAAAAAAUAGAAAAUAAAAAUUAAUGACAAAGGAAUUAUAAAACAGUAGUAGCAAGUCGAACAAUCAGUUAUAGUCAAUUACCUCCGAUUAAAAUUAUAACAAAAUUAAAUUUAUAAACAAAACAAUUUAAAUCUGAGUAAAAAUAAAUCCUGGCAGUUUUAAUAAGGAUAAUGAGAAACUCUUAUCAAAAUAUUGCAUUGUCAUCCCAAGUAACAAUUAGGCGCUAAAGUAAGAUUUAUAAUAAGUCUAUAAAAGCGCUAACUAGAUUCUAAAGUGGUUUAUGGGUGUAACAAAUUAGUGUUAGAGCGCGCUCUAACCCUACUUUACCCCCGAAUUGGGCACAAUUUUUAUAUUACUUAAGGUUGUAUAAUGACGGUAUACAAGAGUUAUGGUAAUUGGCUAAGAGGUACAAUUAGUGCUAUAAGAAAGUUAUUAUAGCGGUAACAGGAUCUCUUAGCGAUACAAGAGGGGUAAAUAAGCGUCAACUGACUCCUUAAGCGGUACAGUAGAGAUACAAAGGCGUUAAUUAUAUUUUCAAGCGCUAAAAGGGAGGUAAAUAGGUGUUUUGUAACGGUCUGAACGCUAUUCAAGAUAAUUAAACUAAUUUUGUGAUCUAAUAAUAAAUAAUUUUAUUUUCAAUGGCUAUAAGUUUACGACUAAUGAUUUUUAUAUUAAACAAAAAAAAGUGAUAUUGUAUGGUGAGAAAGGAAGCAUAUUUUUGCUGCGAAGGGAAGUACACUGUGAAUAUGUUACAUAUUUAUUGGCAAAUAAUUCGAGCGCCCGAUGUAUGUUGUCUAUUUACUGAAAACUUUUCCACGUAUUUACAACAAUUUUUGUUUAUUUUGGUUGCGACGCCAUUGUCAAAAACAAGUAGUCAAUAUAAGAAAUACAGUAGUGACCUUAAGCGCUAUUACUUUACCUUUAGUCACAAAAAAGUAACAAUAGACGCUAUAGGAUCUGUUAUAGCGAAAAAUUAUACUCCUAUUUGACUUAAGGUAAUGCAAGAGAGUUUUGUAUAACUUCAAGCAUUUGGUUCUAUAUAAGAUUAAAUAAACACUAUUGUAAGGCUGGUAGCGCUUAUUAACGCUAUUGUGCAACUUUAGGUUCUUGUAAAGAGUUUAUUAUCACCUGCAUAGCACUUUUGGAGGUAGUAGCUAAUUCUUAUUCUUAUUUAGAUCUUAGAGUUCUAAGAUUCACUUAAAGCUAUAACACAAAAUGCUGUGCAUGUACAACAGUGUUAAGAUUUGCCAUAAUACAUCCAUAACCUUUAAGCUCGCCUAAUUGUCGCGCUUGUAACUCUGUAUUAUAAGUAGAAGUGAUAUACGUUACUUGGUACGCCACUUUAUCGCCAAUAGUCAUAAGUGUUGCUACUGUAAUGCCUUUGUAGCCCACUAAGUAACAAAAUAAGCUCUAAUCGUCGCCUAAAUGUUUGUUGGGAUCGGUCCUUGAUACGUGUGCAAAGUUCCAAGUUGAUCAGACGUUUAGAAAUCAGUGAAAAUUAAGCUCAAAGAUUCCGUUACAUACAUACAUACAUACAUAGAUACAUACAUACAACCCAAGCUAAUAAAAGCGUAGUAAAAAUAAAUGAAAAAAUUUUUUUUUUUCCUUUUUGCUUUUACAAAAAUAAUGACAAAAUAAAAACUACCACUGUCCCUUGGAAUCUCAUUAAAUUUCGAUAUUCAUAGCAUUAGAAUACAAAUUUUAAGAAAAUGACACACGACGAACCUAACUCACCAUUCGAUAUGUUCAGUCAGACUGAUUUAGAUGUAAGUAUUAGAUGUAAGUUAAUCUUAAACCAUGUUUAAUUUCCCUAUUAGUACCUAACUAAUAUUAUAAUUAAUAUCUUUUCGAAGGCGCAAGAUGAACUCCUCACAAUUUCACAAUAAAAAGUGUGAUUUCUCCAAUUAUAUUAUACUAGAGGCCACCCGCGACUUUGUCUUCAUGGAAACCCUGUCAAUCGCGCGGGAACUCCGGGAUAAAAAGUAGCCUAUAUGUUGUUCUGGAUCUUCAGCUAUCUACCAAUACCAAAUUUCAUCGUAAUCGGUUCAGUAGUUUUUGCGUGAAAAAGUAACAAACAUCCAUACUGACAUCCUGACCUACAAACUUUCGCAUUUAUAAUAUUAGUAAGUAGGAUGUAUGUAUAUGUUUCGAAUCCAGGUAGUAAAAUGUUUUGUGGUCGACUGUACGCAGUUGAAUAAUCUAGGAUUAUUUUUAUAACUGUAUUUAGUAUUGUUUAUUUUUUUUAAAUAUUGUUUUUGGUUCCUAAGUUGUCCAAAGGGCAUUUGUAGUUAAUUUAUAAGCGGGUCGUGUCAUUGUUUAUCCAUAAUUACUGUUGUCUUUUGUGUUAACAGGUCAUGUAAAACAAUUUGAAUUUCCAUUGUGUUGUUUAAUAAAUUAAUUUUAUGAUAAUAUUAUUUUCA